AUGCGCACCAAUAUGAGUGUGACCAUUGUGGCUAUGGUCAAUCACUCACAGGCGGCCAACAACUCCAGCAAUGAGACCUGUCCGGUUACCGGGAAUGGUCAAAGUGGAGACGAUGCUUCAAUGGAAGGUGAAUUCUUCUGGGACGAGACACUGCAGGGGCACAUUCUGGGCAGCUUCUACUACGGCUACAUUGCCACCAACUUCAACGGCGGCCAGCUGGCCGACUACAUCGGCGUCCGAUGGCUCUGUGGAUCGAUCACGCUGAUCUCAGCGUUGUUGACGCUGGCCACGCCCGUUGUCGCCCGCUUCAACGUCUACGCGCUGAUUGCCCUGCGCAUCGGAACAGGUCUUUGUCAGGGAGUUCUCACUCCGGCCAUCUACGCACUGCUCGCCAAUUGGAUUCCCCGAAAUGAGCGCGGCCUGGUGCUUGCUCUGAUUCAGGUGGGAGGAAACUUUGGCGCAGUCUUUGCUACCGUCUUCUCAGGCUUCCUCUGCAAGUACGGCUUUGCAGGCGGCUGGCCAUCGGUGUUCUACGUCUUUGGCAUGGCCGGUGUGGUGUGCUUCUUCCUGUGGAUUUUCACCAUCUACGACAGUCCGGACAAGCACCCAAGAAUACUCAAAUCAGAGCUGAAGAAAAUUAAGUUGACGGCCUCA